GUUGCCUUUAGGAUGGGGGAAGCUGAGGUGGAGUCCCAGCAGGUUCACGCUCUGGCAAUCAGCGCAGCCAGACCCUCUAAGCACCUUUCUCUCUCCCCUUCUUUCCAGCGCUGUGCUUAUAGCUCCUGGAUCAGAGAGAACAUCCACAAGAGGGAGUGUUGCUUCUUUGAAAAGGGUGUCAGAGAGGACACAUGUAGGUGUGGUUACCUAAAAACUGAUCAUGUGGACGAAGCCAUCAAGCCAGAGGACUUCACUGGGGAGCCGUGGGACAGACACAGACAUAUCCGUGAGGUGCCUACUGACGCUUUUGGAGACAUCAGCUUUGGUGGUUUGGGACAAAAGACAGGCAAGUAUGUGCGAGUGUCCACGGACACCAGCCCUGAAGUCCUGUACAGCUUACUGACCGAACAGUGGAAACUUUCCCCUCCCAACCUGCUGAUCUCGGUGACUGGAGGAGCCAAGAACUUCUAUCUGAAGGCUCGUCUCAAGAACAUGUUCCACAGAGGUCUCAUCAAAGUGGCCCAGACAACAGGUGCAUGGAUCAUCACUGGCGGUACCCACACAGGUGUGAUGAAGCAUGUAGGGCAGGCUGUUAGGGACUAUGCCAUAAGCAGCAGCUCCAUGCAGGGUCAAAUCGUGGCUAUCGGAGUGGCAACAUGGGGAAUAAUUCACAACAGGGACACUUUGGUGCAUCCAGAGGGUUGCUUCCCAGCCCAUUAUUUGAUGGACGUCAAGGACCAGGGCAGACUGUCCUGCCUCGAUAACAACCACACCCACUUCCUGCUGGUGGACGAUGGGACCCACGGACGUUACGGUGUUGAGAUUGAAUUACGUAGCCAACUGGAAAAAUGCAUCUCCGGAAAACGUAUUGGAAACAAAGAGAGCGGUGUGACCAUCCCUGUGGUGUGUGUAGUUUUGGAUGGAGGUCCAGGCACCCUGGAUACCAUCUAUAAUGCCAUGCUGAAUGGUACGCCAUGCGUGGUCUUGGAGGGCUCCGGGAGAAUAGCAGAUGUGAUUGCCCAGGUUGCAGGACUGCCAGUGACCCGGGUCACUAUCGCCCUCAUCCACCAGUUGAUGAAAAGGUUCUUUGGCCAAGAAUAUGAGACCUUUGCAGACCUCAAGAUUAUAAAAUGGACCAAGAUGAUUCAGGACAUCAUCAGGAUUCCACAAUUGCUGACAGUAUUCAGAGUAAGCGAGGACAGUCACGGGGAUGUGGAUGUGGCUAUUCUUCAAGCAUUACUCAAAGCGUCAAGGACCAGCGAGUCACUGGGAAUCGAGUGCUGGAAGAGGCAGCUGGAGCUGGCUAUAGCCUGGAAUCGAGUGGAUAUAGCGGAGACUGAGAUUUUCACUGAAGAGAGCCAGUGGAAGUCCAGUGACCUGCACUGGGCCAUGUUCUCAGCCCUGGUUGGCAACAGGCCGCGGUUUGUGAGUCUGCUGCUGGAGAAUGGCGUGAGUUUGAGGGAUUUCCUGCAGGACGAGGAAACUCUGUGUGAGCUCUACAAACAGCUUCCCACCUGCUUCUUUCUCCGCAAGCUGGCCAAGCGGGUCCACAGUUCUCGGCGCAGCGGGAGGAGGCAAGCAUUCGCCAUCAGGGCUCGAGUCCACUCAGGGCAAGGAGAGAUGAUCUCCAUGACUCAUGUAUGUGAGGAGGUGCGCCACCUGAUGGGCGGCUUCACUCAGCCUCUCUACCCUCCUUCCACUAUGACAUUCCACUUCAAUAUGACUAUGGAGGACACAUCUUUAUCACUGUCUAAAAGUCAGGCAGGUUCCCAAGCUUCACUCAGGGAGGACGAUGUUGCACAGAGGGACCCAGGAAGAGACCUUUUCCUUUGGGCUAUUGUCCAGAACAAUAAGGAGUUGGCUGAAAUUGCCUGGGAACAGUGUAGAGACUGCAUGUCUGCUGCUCUGGCUGCCACUAAGAUCCUGAAGAAAAUGGCAGAGGAAGGAAGCGACGCAGACGAGGCAGAGGACAUGCGAGAGCUCGCCAAUCAUUAUGAGAAACACGCCAUCGGUGUGUUCAGCAAGUGCCACAACAAUGAUGAAGAGCGGGCUCGGAAGCUGUUGGUUCGUGCGUCACCGUUGUGGGGAAGGACGACGUGCCUGAGGCUGGCACUGGAGGCUGAUGAUAAAAACUUUGUAGCUCAGUCAGGUGUUCAGGCUCUUCUGACUCAGAUCUGGUGUGGUGAGCUUUCAGUGGACAACCCUGUGUGGAGGGUGAUGGUCUGCAUGGUCUUCUUCCCUCUUAUCUACACUGGCUUUCUGGUUUUCAGACGUGAUGAAAUCAUCCAGAGAGAAGCUGAGAGGAAGGAGGAGAUCAAGACAGUAGAGACUGUGACAGGAAGCACACUUAGAACAAAUUCUCGUAGCUUUGACUCCCACAGCUUGCGGCGCCUGAAGACUCUGAGCUGCUGGUCCAGACUAGUCUGCCUGUACAGCUCUCCACAGGUCAAAUUUUACUGGAAUAUUGUGUCUUACUUUGCCUUCCUCUUCCUGUUUGCUGUGGUGCUGAUGAUCGAUUUCCAGGAUACGCCCUCGGCGGGGGAAGUACUGCUUUACAUCUGGCUGCUCUCUCUGGUGUGUGAGGAGGUCAGACAGCUGUUUCAUGAUCCUGAUGGCUUUGGGUUUCGUAAGAAAGCCAAGAUGUACAUCCAUGACCUGUGGAAUAUUUUAGAUGUCCUCUCCAUCAUCCUGUUUAUUAUCGGCCUUGCAUUUAGACUGACAUCUCGGCUGUUCUAUGCGGGUAAAAUCAUCCUCUGCAUCGAUUUCGUGGUCUUCUGCCUCCGUCUCAUGGCCAUCUUCACCAUCAGUCGAACCCUAGGACCCAAAAUCAUCAUAGUCAGGAGAAUGAUGAUGGAUAUGUUCUUUUUUAUGUUCCUGCUGAGUAUCUGGGUGGUGGCGUACGGCGUGGCCAAACAAGGAAUUCUAAUCCACAAUGACAAUCGGCUGGACUGGAUUGUCCGUGGGGCAGUUUACGAGCCGUACCUCAUCAUAUUUGGGGAUUUUCCCAGCAAUAUUGACAAUACUGCAUUUGACAUAGACAGCUGCACCAUGAAUGGCACUGAUCCUCUGAAGCCCAAGUGUCCUGUGCUAAAUGAAAACCAAACACCAGCCUUCCCUGAGUGGCUCACCAUCAUCAUGCUUUGUGUUUACUUGCUCUUUGCCAACAUACUGCUGCUCAAUCUGCUCAUAGCUAUCUUCAACUUUACGUUCCAGGAAGUGCAGGACAACACAGACAGGAUAUGGAAGUUUCAAAGAUAUGAGCUAAUUAAGGAGUACCACAGCCGCCCAGCUGCUCCUCCUCCUUUUAUCAUCUUCAGCCAUCUUUAUCUCUUCAUCAGGAACAUGGUGCUGCGCAGGCCACUCUCCAAAAGCAAGGAGUUCAAUAAUGAGCUUCCUCAGAUAGAGGAAGAGGAGCUGUUGUCCUGGGAGGCCUUGAUGAAAGACAGAUACCUGCAGUCCACAGAGCAGGAGCAGAGCCAGAGCAUGGAGCGACGCAUCCAGGACACAGCCCAAAAGGUUUCCACCAUGACCGAUCGGCUGGAGAGGGAAGAGGAGUCGAGCUCUGCUGCUGUGAUGGAAAGACUGGCCCGACUAGAGGAGCAGGUCAUCCAGUCAACCAGAGCCCUGCAGUGGAUUAUGGACAAUCUGAAAUCUCAGGAUCUUGCCACAAAAGAAGCACUGACAGCAGCAACUGCAACAGAUGAGACGCCUGACACUUUGAGAAAUGUGUCAGAGAACAUAGACGGGUUCCACGUGAACGCCCGUCAGUUUCACUAUCCGAACAGCAAGAUCUUGCGCUUCCCUGUGCCUGAAGAGAAAGUGCCGUGGGAGGUCAGCUUCAGCUCAUACAUGCCGACUUAUUACACCUCUGAAGACAGUGGGGACCAUGUGGAUGGAUCAGAAUCGGAGGUCUUGGAUAAUUACAGAAACCCAGGAGGGAGGACUGGUAUCAGAGGACAAGGCUCCCUCAGCCAUCUGGGUCCAAAUCUGAAUGUAGAGCUUGUUGUUACACGUUGGCAAGACAGCGAUAGAUCUGUUUUGGAGUACCUGGCUGUUUGGGAUGAGAGCCAUGGAACCCUGGCUUUACCUGGGGGGCCUGUCCAAUCUGCUGAUCAACUGCCAGUGACUCUUAAGAGAACCAUGGGAAAGACGCUGUAUGAAAAAUUAAAUGCAAAAGUUUCAGAGGGAAUGAAGGUGUUCGAGGGCUAUGUGGAUGACUGCAGGAACACUGAUAAUGCCUGGGUGGAAACCACUGUCCUAAACAUUCACCUGGACCGAACGAGCCAGGUGAUGGUAGAUAUCAAUAAUAUGAUGGUGAGCAGCCACGGUUCUCUUCAGUGGCAGGAGUUGAGCGGCAAAACGAGACUUAGCUCAAACCAAAGAGACUCUCUGCGGCAGGUUGCUGAGCUGCACAACAGGAAGUUCUGAUUUUCACGCUGCUGUAGCUGUAAAUGUGCCUCCUCAUCCACAGAUUUACUUCUGCCUGUUAAAUGAGGCCUUUUUAAAAUGCUUACACAGAUUAAUUCUGUUGCACUGAAAAAAACAACUUAAGACAAGAUGCUGUUAAAGCCAUAAUGUAUGCUGCUGCGUCAUGGGACAGUAAACUGAACGUUUAGCCUACACACUGUGUUAACGCUCGAUAAUAACUACUUAAUACUAUAAGAAUAAAUACUUCAAACUGUAUUGUACUUUUUACUUUACUAUGUUUACACUAUGUUUAUCUGACAGUAUAGUCAGUAGUUACUUUUUCCAUACAAAACAUACAAAUGCAAAUCAUUAUCCACUACUGACACACAAUGAAAUGUUCCAUAAUGUGUUCACUGUGUGUAUCAAUAGCAAAACAUACAAAUGCAAAUCAUUAUCAUAUGAAAUUAUGCAUCAUUAUAAAUGAAAAUACUCAGUAUGAUAUACAGUAGUUAAAAGGCAACAGUUGGAGCAGCUGUGAUGUUAAAAUGCUAUUUACAUGGUGAUAAUAAGACUCACAUAUGUCUGAACAGGACCAUAUCGCACAAUGAGUACUUUUAUUUUUGAUAUGUUUCACUGCUAAUACUACACUUUUACUUGGUUGAGAUUUUAAAUGCAGGAUUUUCACUUGUAAUUGAAUUUUUAAUUUAUGGUUCUGCUGUUUGUGUUUGAGUAAAAGUUAUUCUGAGUUAUUCUUAAACCACUGGAAUACUUUACUUGCUCAGUUGUGCCAAGAGACUGAUGUGUGCUGCAGUUUAUUAAUUAAUCACUCUUGGCCUUUAUAAGGAUUAAAAAGCUACCUACUACAAA